AUGGGACCCAAGGAACUCAAGGAAUUAAAGAAGCUCAAGGAAUCCAUGGAACUCAAGGAAUCCAAAGAAUCUAAGGAGCUCAAGGAAUCCAUGGAACUCAAGGAAUCCAUGGAACUCAAGGAAUCCAUAGAACUCAAGGAAUCUAUGGAACUCAAGGAACCCAAGGAAUCCAUGGAACUCAAGGAAUCUAUGGAACUCAAGGAGCUCAAGGAAUCCAUGGAACUCAAGGAAUCCAAAGAAUCUAAGGAGCUCAAGGAAUCCAAAGAAUCUAAGGAGCUCAAGGAAUCCAUGGAACUCAAGGAAUCCAUGGGAUGGGUGAAUGCGAAAGAACGACAAGUGUUUGAAAAAUUAGAACGAAGGUGA